CCGGUGUCAGAGUAGAAUGGCGCUGAAAUCGUGUAGAUUUUGAAUUGUGAAAACAUAAAAUUAAAGGGAAAAUUCCCUAACUACCUAUUCCAGAUGAAGACUAAGAAUGGCAGAACCCCGAAGGAUUGCAUUUGAAACAGUUGGAACACUUACGAAAGACAAUAAGCCUAAAGAAUUGUUCCCAACGUAUCGUUUUAGUCUCACGCUUGAGGAAUCUAACGACAAAACAUGUCCGGAGUUUUCGUAUAACGACUUGGUGAAAAGCACUCGGGGUGAUCAGGACAUUAAAAAGAAAACAACAGAUGAUGAUCCAUUUGAUGAUGAUGAUGAUGAAGAUAAGCUUCGAAAAAUUGCCAAAAAGUUUGAAGAAAAAUAUAUUGACCAGUGGGAAGACUAUAUUGACAGAGGAAUGGGAUAUGAUGAGACUGAUCCAUUUAUUGAUAAUGAAGAAGCUUAUGAUGAAUUGGUUCCUUCAACAUUAACUACGCAGUAUGGAGGGUUUUACAUCAACUCUGGAGGUCUAGAGUUUCGAACAGUUUCAGACACAGAAGAGAGUCCUGAAGGACACAAGCCAAAACGAAGAAAGCAUAAGUACAAAGAAUUGCUGGAACGAGAAGGAAAAAGAAGGCGUAGAAUUAAAGAUGGAGAUCACAUACCUAAGAAAAGAGGAAGAAAGCCACUUGACAAGUCUCUUAGUGCCUUAGGAAGACCAAAGAAGAAGACUCAACCAACAGUUGCAGCUUUACUUCAACAACACAAAUCACAGCUUCAGCAGCAACCAGAACUGCUUGUUGGGGAACAUGGAACAUCCUUGAGUUGCUCACCCUCUUCUGUCGAUAAUGUAGAAGGAGUUGUGCCCAAAGAUAAUGCAAAAAUAAAAGAUGCUAUUGAGUCUGUGAUCAAAGCAGCUGGAGAGGAAAUAAUUAGUAAUGGGAACAUAGGUCUCACAACAGCAAGUAGUGAUAGUGAAGAUGUACGACAAGCUGUUGAUUCUAUGGGAGCUCCAAAGCUUCCAGAAAACUUGCCGGCUGAAUUGGAUGAUCUAUUGACCAAAAUUAAACAGGCUGCAUAUACAUCAGAGGAAGGAAAGUGCAAGUUUUUCUCUAAUGAUGUGAACACAAUGCUCUUAAAGAUUGAACUGAAAUCAAGAGAGCUGUCUUGUAGCCAGCGUUCAAUGAUUUACACCCACCUGGCUUUCCACCUGCCAUGCACGAAAGAGACCAUCCUGAAAAGAGCAAAGAAACUUCGUUUAGACCAAGAGGAUGAAAAACUUAGAGAACCGUUACAGUGUCUGAAAGAUGCAAUUUCAGAAGCAAUCCCAUUGAUGGAACAGAAAUAUGCAGAAGCUUGUCAGAAGGCAUCAUUAGAAGGGAGUAAAGGCAAUGAUAAGGAUUCAACAGACUUGCAAGGUACUGGAUCAGAAGAAGAUAGUGAUGAACGAGAAGAUGGGAAGAUUUCAAAACUACCUAGAAAGAAAUUUGAAUGGAAUAACCACUUAAGGAAACUCUUAUGUGAGGUGGUGACUAUCAAACUUAAAUGUUAUGAAGUAAAGAAAACCAGAACCCAAUCAGCAGAAGAGUACUUGAUGGAUUUUCUUGGGUCAGAAGUAAAGACAUUAUGGCCAGAUGGCUGGAUACAAACAAGGGUCCUUCUCAAAGAAAGUCAAGAUGCUCAUCAUUAUCUAACAAAUAGGCCAAGAAAGUCAACGACCAUUUGUAGAAAAAUUGGAGUUUUAUCUAGCACUAGUGUUUCACCUUCGAGUGUUGGAAAACAAACUGGUGCAACAUCAUUAUGUCCCAGCAGCUCACCUCCACUGGAUGGUCAUGAACAGAAUUUUAAUACUACAAAAUUGGACUUGUCUGAGCAAACCAUUUCAAACUCUGUGGAUAGUGGAACAGAAAGUGAAAUAGUUUCAGCCAUCAGAAAUACAGUGCCUGAAGUAAAGAUUAAGUUAUUGGAUUUUUCUGAGCUUCCUUACCCUGUACAACAUGAACUUAAAGCUACAGCUACCUCAAAAGAUAUCAUUCCCACAUGUGCAACUACCUCAGUGAAAGCAGAAGUUGAGGUUAGGUGUUCUGGGUCCUUUAGUGCCAAAUCAUCUGAGCUAUCCUCUAUUAAACCUGUAUCUUUAGGAGAACCAAUUUCUUUAUCAGUGAACAAAAAGGAGUCAGAAAAUAUUAUACCUGAUGCUUUAUUAACCAGUCCACUUUCAGAUAAGAGUAUAUCAAGUGCUUUUAUAGCAAAACCUCUUCCUUGUAGCACUGAACCAGAAGUUACUGAACAAUAUAAGACUCAAACUGUUAUAGCUGAACCUUCUUUCAUGAAAAUUGAAAGUGUUGAUCUUAAACCCUUAAAUGAUUCAUUGUUAAAGCCAGAAAAUAUUGUUGUAGAAAAAGUACAAGAACAAGUUCUAAGUGGAAGUGAAAAAUGCAAAGCUCCUUUUUCAACUUCUUCAGUUUCAGGGAAGACUUUAUCUCAGGUCUCGUUGCCAUCAAAAAAUAUCUUGUCCCUGGUAACUUCUUCAGAAACCACUGCCAAACCUGUUUCUCAUGGUUCUCUAGCUUCUGAUAUGUUAGAUCGUAUAAUUUGUGCCAGUUUGGGAAACUUUCCAAAUUGUGGAUCAUCUGUUUCAGAAACUUCAGGAUUGGUCCAUCUAGUUAAGAAUGAGUCCCAUUCUUCUGGAAAGGUCCUGAAUACAUCAGUGAUCCAAAAUCAAGGGAAAAACGUAAUUACAAGACCUUUAUCACAGCCAACAGAGGUUCAACAGUGUGCUCAGUUGUCACAGAAGUCUGCACUUGGCAACACUAGCAUAAGCAUCUUGAAAUCUUCAGUUAAAGCUGCACUCCAUCGUAGAGAACCUUCUCAGGAAGCUAAGCUUAUUUCCAUUGGAUCAGAGCAGCAGAAAGUUGCAACACCUGCUUCUGUUCUUUGUAAUUCUAAUUUACAACAAAAUGCCUCAUCUGUGCCCUCACCCUCUGGUGUUAAUGUAGUAAGUAAUUCUGAAUUUAGUACUGUUCCACCUAUUAUGCCAUAUCAUCCUUAUGGGUUUUUAGAGGCCUUUAAAAAAUCCUUAGAAGGUAGGAAUGUGAGACAAGAUAAUAAUGUUACUUUAUCAUCUUCAAAGUCCCCAGAAAAUGUUAAAAAAGAAACAACACCCAGGACGUCACGUUUGAGUAUUUCUGGUGUUAGAAAUAAGUCCACCCAUUGCUUUAACAGCACACAGGGUGCUUCUCAAGCUCUACAUCAGCCAUCUGUUACCCAGUUUACCUCGCAAGAUCUCAUGUAUCAAUUAAUUGACAGUGCUAUCCAAGAAAGUUCUUUAAAUGAUAAGAAACCUAACCGAACAUCAACAGGACUCCUUGAAUCUCAAGUGCAGCACCAGCAUUCCUCUUCAGAACAUCCUUUGUCAACAGGACUCAAUUUAGAAGGCAUGAAAGGGUUUCCUAUCCCAAGACAGCAUCCAAGUUCUGGUCAGUCACAGAUCUUGUCCAAGCCUGCCUCUGGUUCUUAUUCGUUACAUCAUGCAGCUUUAGCACAAUCACGUGACCCAGGUUUUAUAAGCCCUGCUCCCUCAAAGUCUCCGUCUCCUCAACGGGUGAAACCAGUACACAGCCCCAGUCCCAAAACUACAGUGCCACUGCCAACCAUGAACAAUCCUUUUCCACCAAAAGCUUCACAUUUCACUCAAGCUGAACCUUCUGCAUCUUGGAAUACACAACGACAAAACCAUUGGAGAGGAACACCUUCUCCAACAUCUAGUUACUCAACUCAACAACAGUACCAGAAUUUGCCAGCCAGUCCAGUAUCAUCACCUUCAAUGGUUUAUUCUGGGGUGACAUCCCCCAUGGGUCACCAACAACAUUCAUUCUCGCCUCCAGUGAACAUUCCUCCUCCUGCUCAUAGAUAUAGCCCUUCACCCAAGCAAGUCAUAGCUCAUCAUACAUCCAGUCAGCCUCUUAAGCCUGUAGGUUCUCCAUCUCCAUUUCCUCCAAAUCAGAGUAGUUCACCUAGCCCGGCACAUCAACUAGUUAACGUCCAACAGCAUUAUCAUACUCCUCAGAGCCCCAUUUCCUACAACCAAGAUUAUGCAUCUGGAGCCAUAGUUGGACAACAGAUAGGUGGAAUUCAUAUGAGACAAGGAUCUGGUCAGAAUACAUCACAGUAACCAUACCAUUGACUCCAGUAUCCACCAUUCUAUUGUACAUGCCAAGACUACACAAAUGUAAAAGUUCUAUUUAUCUAUUUCAUUUUGUAUAAGAAUCUCAAGACAUAUUCAGCUGCCUCUUGUUAGCAACUUUCAAUUGUGUGAAUCGUCUAAAUAUAUUUUAGAGAACUUUCUGUUAACAGUUUUUAUUGCUUCUGUGGAUUUUCCAAGAAGACAGCUAAAGCAAAAAGGAAAUCAAUAAAAUAUGGACAUAACUGUGGAAAUGCAAUUUGCAGGACUAAGAAUGUAAAUAUUAUAAUUUUAUAUCUCUUGUUUAAUGAUUUAUCAGUACAGUGGUGUGUGGUCAUGUGUUCAUAAAACAUCAUGAAGCCAAAAUAUUGUAAGAUUUUUUUCCUCUCAAAAUAGUGUUGGAAAUGUGAAUUUGAUAUCAUUCAGUAUGAUUACUAUACUAUUAUUUCCAUGUCACACAUUUUUCUGUGUUUAUUAUUUUGUAAGUGACACAUCAUCAGAUCUUAAUGGAGUAAUUGUUCUCAACUGUUUUCCAUGAGAAAAAAAGAUACAUUUUAUACAGUUCACAAUAUUUCUAUGCAAACUUCAGAUAUUUUAUUGCAUUGAUUUGGAAAUUUUAUCAGUAACUUAUUGGAUUCUGUGGUAUGAUAAUUUUUGCAAAAUUUAGUGCAGGCUUAGAACUUUCAUUUAAAAUCUAAUUUCUAAAUAAGAGAAUGUGAGAAGAAACAUAACAACAAAAGCCCUAUAUUUCCUUUUAGUUUUCAAACCCAGAAGUUUGGUGAAGAGAACAAUAUUGUGUAAUAUAGAAGUGAAAGAGUGCUACAUCAUAUUAUAUGGAUUGGGGGGGGGUGAACAUGUGUAAAUGUUUCUGUAUCUCUUGUAGUGUUACAAAUUUUUAAUUUACUGAAUAGAUAGGUUUAAUCUUUUUUUUUCCUUAAAGAAUUGGUUAUGAUGUAUAUGAGAGUAGAAAUACAGAUACAUUCUACUGAAGUAUAUUUAUUAUUUUAUAUCAGCUUUAUAUAAAGUAAGGCUAAAUAAUGAAGAACCUUACAUAAUAUAGUUCUUGUUUGUUCCACAGAACAGUGGUUUUGAGAAACCUUUGUUCUACAUCUUUUCUGAACACAUCGUGUUCUAAUUAUGUUUUAAGAAACGUAAUGAGGAAUCGUUUAUUAAACAGUUUUCACUGAAAAACUCUGCCCAAGUAAUGAAUUCUGUCUGCAUCUUUUAUAUGAGAUUUUACUGCAUAAUUAAUGCAAAUAAUUUCAUUUAGCAAGGUAGUUUUAAACAGUAUGAUAAUUUGUUUUGUUUUUUACCAAUUAAGAAAUACUUCUGCCAUUAUAGAAUUAAAACCCCAAAUUUUAAAUUUAAGCUUUUCAAUUUAUACAACAUCAGAUUUUAGGUUAAAUGAAUAAUUUUAUAUAAUGUGUUAGCAUGCUAAAAUUUAGUAUGAACUUUCUGGUCUACUUUAGUUUUAUUAGAUCUAUUUUUGUAAAGCUGAGCUUAAUGAGGUUAGUAUGUAUAUAAGUGCCUUAACUGUCAAAACACUUGAGGUAGUAGGCUACAGUUUAGGCAGGUGGACAUAGUUGUGUGAAGUAUUGAUGUUAGUUUACCAAUUCAAGAUGAAAUACAACCCUUUAUAACUUGAAUUUAUAGGUUCAUCAUAUUAUUUCACUCAGCUGUGAUAUUGAAAUUUAUUUACAUACUUUUUUGCAUAAUUUAUAAACAUUAAAAAUACUGAUUUGACUCUUACCAUUAAGUUUUAUAACAAGCUGUUUAAUCGAUCCUCUCCAUACAACAUCCACUUACCUCAUGUCAUCAUAAUUGUUUUUUACUUCUAUACAAACACAUGACAAGAAUCAUCUGAGUGACUUGAUGUUUUCUUACUAUCUCUUGAAGAGGAUGGGUUACUCAAACUUCACAGGCACGUUUAUCUAUAACAGUAAACUAAGAUCUUUUGAUGCAGAGUAGUGUAGAUUUGAAUGAACUAUUCAGUAAUGUACAUAUUAUCUAACAUUAUGCCUUUAUGUUGUUUUCAAGUUAAUAACUUAAUUAAACAGACAUGAUUCCUUCUGUGAUGUGGAUGCCAAUAUUACCAAGAGAUGAUGUAAAAGAUCUUCCAAACUCUCCUGAUAUUAUACAUAUAAAAAAGGAGCUUCUGGCACACCUCACCAUAGAUAUUAAUGAACGUAAAACUAGUAUCCACUUUUUUGAUAUUGGCUGUAGUUUAUUCUGAGAAUCUUUUUGGCAUUAGGUAUGAUAAAAAAAAAGUUCAUAAGAGGGGAGGAGAUCCCCUCUUUUUUGUUAAGUAGAGAAGUAAGAAGUAGGAAACUUCUAAUCAUCAUCAUAUCACUUGUAGCAGAUGUAAGUUUGUGAAUAAGAACAAGUAACAUGAACUUUUUAUCAAAAAUGGAAGUAAGUUCACAAAAUAUUAAUGAUUUCACUAUCUGAAGUUAAAAGGCAUUGCAGUGAAGUUUAAAGAAAAUGAAAAUAAUGUUUAGUUGAUUUUCUGUUGGCGUGUUAUUGAUUAGGAUCGAAGAUUAUUAUAAGCACUAAAGUUGAAAGGCUUUUAAAAGUUUUGCUGUUUGUAUUAAAAUGAGUGUAAACUAUGAAUUUGUAAGACUGUUUUUUGAACUAAAACCUAAUUUUUCACUUAUGUUUUAUAGAAAUGUUGAGCAAAAGCUGUUUUAAUGUUUCUUACAUACAAAUCUCUUUCUUUAUAUAUAUAUUUCAUAAACUUUUAAAAGUCAAAUAGUAGCACAUGUUUCAAUAAUUUCUUACAGGAUAUGCUUACACUUACAGAAAAGUAAGAUUAUCAGAUAAAGAAAGAUCUUAUCGCAACAGAUUACAAUGCAAACAAACUGAAAUAUUGGAAAUGCAAAUUAAAAGAUAUACAGAACUAGAUUUUUAGAUAAAAACAUUUAAGAAAGUUUAUUACUACCACUAUUUAUUAUUAUUACUAUAAUAUCAAACAUAUUAUGGCCAUUUCUUACUUAUGUACAUUCAAGUUGUUUCAUUCUGUGCAUUAGUGUAUGAUUUGUUGUAGAUAAAUGUAUAGUUUGUUGCUUCCUAAUUAAAAGAAAUGUUUAGUUUGGAAAGUUGUAGAAAAAGUACACUGGAAGUUCAACAUAAGAAAUAAAUUUUAGUUCAAGCUGUAUGAAAUCUGUCUCAUAUAGAAAUAUCAAAUAAUGUAAAAUGUAAAUAAUCCCAAAAGUUUGGGUAAUCAUAGUGUGAAUGGUAAAAUUAACACCAACUAAAGUAUAUUAUUGAAUGAGUUUGUAGAAAAAAAACAUAUAUAUAGAUACAUAGAUAUUGUGUUUUUAUUUAUAGAUAAUUUUAGAACACUUUUUAUAUCUUAGUAAAAAAUAGCUUGACCAAUGAAAAAAAUUCAUUCUUCCAAUAUUUACUAUGCAAAACUCACCUGUGAAAUUGAUUAUGCUUUACCUUUGUUUUUUUUCUUUACACAGUAGUACAGUGUCUAAGAGAUACAGAAAACAUUUGCUACUUCAGACAUCUGGUGUGUUUUGUUUGGGGUGGAAUGGAAAUUAGUUCUUGGUUCAGAACAAUGAUGUUAUUUCUAAUGGUAAAGUUAAAGUUCCGAGAUCUUCCAAAAUGUAGUGAAAAUAUACUUGUAAAUUACAAGUAAAAUUACAAUGAAUUUGAAAACACUUUUUAACAAAAGGGGAGUUUCUCUGUUA